ACUUUUGAAGCAAUAGAAGAUUUAAUAAACCUUCACCAAGAAUUUAAUAAUGAAUUUGAAAAUGCUCUUAAUACAGAGCAUGCUGCUAUCUGGCAAAGAAUAGUAGAUAAAAUUAAUAAUGAUCAUCCAAUUCAAAUCAGUGGCAGACAAUGUCAAAUAAAAUGGAAUGCACUGGUUCACGGUUAUGAAAAUU